CUCCACGUCAAACACUUUUUAAACAACAAUGUCACAGUCUCACCUUCACUCUGUCUCUUCCUAUGUAAAAGAACCCAUCACAAUCAUCGCAAAAAAAUCAAAUCCAACAGAUGUUUUCAAUUGGGUCCUUCAAUUUCCCCCUCCACCUCCAAACCCACCAAAAUUCUUCACCAAAGUCUCCACCUUUGUCAAAUGCAAGAACAAAAGCAAUGGCUAAAACCCCAUAUCCACCCUCAAAUUCAACUAGUUUUAGAUUCAGGGACUUAAUGGAAACUUUGACAGUGGAUGUAGAGAGGGCAGAGAAUAGGCCAUUGAAUGUUCCUUUGAUUGCACCCUUUACUAUAGCUUCUUCGAGGCUUGAUAAAGUGGAGAAUGUGGCUAUUCGGAUUGAGCUUAGUAAUGGGUGUGUGGGAUGGGGUGAGACUCCUAUAUUGCCAUUUGUUACUGCUGAGGAUCAGCCAACAGCUAUGGUGAAAGCUAGGGAGGUUUGUGAGUUGCUGAGGGAUUGUCCACCUGUGAGUUUGAGGUUACUUUUGGAGAAGAUUGGUGAGGUUCUUCCUGGACAUCAGUUUGCUUCUGUGCGGGCGGGAGUCGAGAUGGCAUUGAUUGAUUCGGUGGCUAAUAGCAUUGGCAUACCUUUAUGGAGGCUAUUUGGUGGAGCUUCAGAUACUAUAACUACUGAUAUAACAAUUCCCAUUGUAUCACCAGCUGAAGCUGCUGAUUUGGCUUUGAAGUAUCACAAACAGGGAUUUAAAACUUUGAAGCUGAAGGUGGGAAAGAAUCUCAAGGCAGAUAUUGAAGUUCUUCAGUCCAUUCGUGCAGUCUACCCUGAUUGUCUCUUUAUCUUGGAUGCCAAUGAGGGAUACAAACCCAAGGAAGCUAUUGAAGUUCUUGAAAAGUUACAUGAAAUGCAGGUUACACCUAUUCUCUUUGAACAACCAGUUCAUAGAGAUGACUGGGAAGGUCUUGGUCACGUUACUAAUGUUGCAAAAAACAAAUACGGGGUGUCUGUUGCAGCCGAUGAAAGCUGCCGGGGUUUAAAUGACGUGAAGAAAAUAGUAGCAGGUAAGCUUGCUGAUGUCGUUAACAUCAAGCUUGCCAAAGUUGGAGUUGUCGGGGCACUUGAGAUUAUUGAGUUGGCUAGAUCAUCAGGAUUGGAUCUUAUGAUUGGCGGUAUGGUUGAGACCAGGCUUGCCAUGGGCUUUGCAGGGCACCUUGCUGCUGGCCUAGGGUGUUUCAAGUUCAUAGACCUAGAUACUCCUCUUUUGAUGUCAGAAGAUCCUGUUCAUGGGGGUUAUGAAGUAUCGGGUGCUGUCUACAAAUUUACGAAUGCUAGAGGCCAUGCUGGUUUUCUUCAUUGGGACAACAUUAUCUAGAAUUCAUCGGCUGUCUAGGAGCUUCUCGUCCUCAGUGUUUGUGAAACAAUUAGUGCUGUUACGAAGAUUGGUUGCCUCUCAACUCUUUUAAAAGCCUUGCCGACAAGAACUUAGCAGAAGAGAGAUCUGUGCAAGGCUGCUGGCACAAGGAUUUGCUGGAAGAAUGAGAGGUAUGCUAUUUAAUCUAGCAGUUUUCUGUGUUUCCCGCGAUGUGAAUAUAAUCAGGGAACUGCAUUUUGUCGGUUUAUUUUCAAUCUAAGACGUUAUAUCUCGAGUGAGGGUAAUUGCAGUUCUUGUUAUGCAUCUUUCAUUCUUGAAAGUUUCAAUUGCUGCAAAGUUGAGAAUCUUUAAUACCUUUAUCACAUCAGUAAGAUAACAUUACUUGAACAAGAUA